AUGUCGCCAGAUUUGCGCGGUGGACAACUGGACAACCCGUCUGCAUGGUCCAACGGAGGACAAAGGCCGGCGUCUGUGGUCGCAGGCCCUAUACAUCUGCGUCAGCGCGCUCGUGUCUCUACCGCUAUGCGUAAGGAGAUUGCUCUCUACAAGCGAAGUCACCCAGAUGCCUCGCAGAAGGCUAUCGCUGGCUCCUUUGGGGUGUGUCAGGCGACGGUAAGCCGCAUAUUGAAGAUGAAGGACAAAUGGGCAGACCCAGGAACUAUCGCAUCAGAGAAAUACUGUAGAUAUAGCUUCUCGAGACUUUUCGAAAUAGAGGACGAGAUGAGGCGCUGGGUCGAUAGACGCGCACUUGCGCACAAGCUCAUCACCGACAAGGACAUACGCAACGAGGCAACGAGGAUCAGCGAGGAGUGUGAGAUCACUUUCAAAGCGAGCAAGACGUGGCUCAAGAACUUCAAACUUCGCCACGGGAUUGCUAUGGGGAUGGUUUUUGCUAACGGCACAAAGCAUGAACGGUCAGCCGCCUUUGGGAAAGCAGGUCCGGAUCCGUAUGCUGCCUCCAGGAUGGCCGCAGACAUUCUCAGCACAUACCCUGAACGACUGGAGGCGCUUCACGAUCCGACUUACGUGCCACCCGAUAUCUCUCGUCUCUGCACUGAAGUGGUGGUUCAUGAUGUCGUUGACCUCGCUGAGUUGUCGGCCAUGAUUUCGCGGACUCCAACGCCCGAGCCGGAUGCCUAUGUAACCGCACUAGGUAACUCCGAGCGGUGCGGUGAAGGAGCGAACGUUGGCGACGGAGAGCAGAAGCCGGCGGCUGAGGAGCAUCAAUGA